UUUGGCUAAAAAAGACUUCACAGCGAAGCAACAGGCUGUUUUAGCGCUGAGUUUUAAAUUGGAGCGAUGAGGUCAGUAAUAGUUGGAUUUCUACUGGUAUGCGCCUCGACUCUUGCUUGCGGAGAGCUUUUCACCGCUCUUACUCACAUGCGAGGGUUAAUCCGACUCGAAAAAACAUUACAGCGCAAAUUGGUCGAGUAUCUGAACUUGAAUCCGCGCGCUAGCGAAGACCUUCGCAUUACGAUGGAGGAGGUCAAACAGCACACUAAAAAUAUUCGCGGGGACGUGGAGAAGUUCCUGGGGCAUCCGGUGAACGCGUACAUGCUGAUAAGACGGUUCAUCAAAAACUGGAAAGAUGUCGAAGAGUACCUUGAAAAACACGACGAUCAAGAAGAUCUCCUGGCGCUGCUGAGACUGCACAAGGUUGACUUCCCCACUUCCAAGGAUAUGCUCGGAUGCGUCCAAGCCAUUCAGCGCAUACAAGACGUCUAUAACAUCACCGCCAAACGGAUCGCGUCCGGUCAUCUCUCCGACAUAACGUCCACGCCGCCCAUGAGCGCGGACAGCUGCUUUGAGAUAGGCUACGCUCACCACCGCUGGGAAAAGCACGAGGAGGCGCGCCAGUGGAUGGAGGAGUCUCUGAGGAGGCUGGAUCCUCCGUUUAGGUACCGAGGCAGUCUUCAGAAACAGGAUAUACUCGAGUUCAUCGCGUGGUCGGAGUACAUGACUGAACGCGAAGACCUUGCUUUGGCUCAUACCUCCGAACUUCUUCAGUUAGAUCCCAACAACGAUUUUGCAGCCAGAAACCUAGAAUUCUUCUUGCAAGAAUAUCAGGCUAAAGCUAACGGUAGCACUAAGAAGCCAAAUAUUUUCAAGAAACCACCGCCACCGCGCGAACAUUUCAUGGAAGCGUAUGAGCGCUUGUGUCGAGGAAUCUCAUACCGGUCCAAUGAGGAAGCAGCCAAGUUACGCUGCUACUACGAUUUCACCCGUCACCCCAUGUUUCGCAUCAGACCACUCAAGGUAGAGGAGCUACACAGUGAUCCUCCCAUUUGGAUGCUACGGGACGUGAUGUACGAUAGUGAGAUCGAGUACAUCAAGAGGACGGCCACGCCUAAGCUGAGAAGAGCUACUGUUACAAACUUGAAGACUGGAGAGCUUGAAUUCGCAGACUAUAGAAUCAGCAAAAGUGGCUGGCUGGAAGACCCACGUGAUGACAACGAGGAGAAGAUCCUGAACCGCGUAAACCGCAGAACGUCAAUCAUCACAGGACUAGAUACCACGCCCCGCUCUGCCGAGGCGCUACAGAUUGUUAACUACGGCGCCGCGGGACACUACGAGCCUCACUUUGAUCACGCAACGGAAGCUGUUAGCUCUAUUUUGAAGCUUGGAAUAGGAAACAGAAUUGCCACUGUGCUUUACUAUAUGAGUGAUGUCGAAGCUGGUGGGGCGACUGUAUUUGUAGAUGCAGAAGCCAUCGUUAAGCCGUCCAAGGGAGACGCAGCAUUUUGGUACAACUUACACAAAAACGGUAAAGGCGAUGAACGAACCCGCCACGCCGCUUGUCCUAUCAUCGUGGGCUCAAAAUGGGUGUGCAACAAGUGGAUUCACGAGCACGGUCAGGAGUUCAGGAGACCUUGCGGGCUUUCUAUAGAAGAGUAGUAGCAUACUAACAAAACGAACCAUUAGAUUAUUGCACUUUCCAAACGGCUGUAACGUGACCUAAUACAGAGUAUCCGUGAAUUCUGAUUGGUUGAACGUUGUUUUGGAAGAAUGUUGAACCAAUAGUGUUUCACGUCUCUAAUAGAAGCAUUAUUCUUCUAAUUAGCUUUAUAAGUUUUCAUAAAAGUGAAAAGAAACAGUGCAAAAAAACACAAUUACCACGCUGAUCACGUGAUGCAUAAAACAAUGAUCGCGUGGUACAUAAAACAAUGAUCGCGUGGUACAUAAAACAAUGAUCACGUGGUACAUAAAACAAUGAUCACGCGGACAUAAAACAAUGAUCACGUGGCACAUAAAACAAUGAUCGCGUGGUACAUAAAACAAUGAUCGCGUGGUACAUAAAACAAUGAUCACGUGGUACAUAAAACAAUGAUCACGCGGACAUAAAACAAUGAUCACGUGGCACAUAAAACAAUGAUCACGUGGUACAUAAAACAAUAGUCACGUGGUACAUAAAACAAUGAUCACGUGGUACAUACAACAAUGAUCACGUGGUGCAUAAACCAAUGAUCACGUGGUACAUAAGACGAUGAUCACGUGGUGCAUAAGUCCAAUGAUCACGUGUUACGUUAAUUCUUGAGGCGACCAUCUGCCGCUUUUGUUAACUUUAUCAAAUCUAUGGUUCAAUAACUCUUGAAUAAUUUCUUCGGUUUACAACGAGCUAUUUAAUGCUGAUAAAUAAUAAUAAUUUAUUACUUUUUGAAUUCAUUGCUAUUUAUUAUAAAGCACAGAUAGUAUUUAAAAUUUUAUAAUGUAACGUAUUCAUUUUGUAAUAAAUUUAAUUUUUAAGAUA